AUGGACUCGGUUAAAGACAUCGUUUGUUUACACAGGACAUGUAAUAGGAUGCAUUCAAUGCUGCCUGAAGUCGUGACCGAGUAUCAGUGGAAAGGAGAGGAUUUUCACAUCUUUGGUCCGAGAGGUGGUCACUGGGCUCCUGAACAUUAUUUUGACGGACCAGUACUCCCGGGUAACGCGAUAAAACUAGAAUCGUCUGUGCUAUGGGAAGAUCAAGGUUUUGGGAACAGGAAAGGAGAAUUGUUCGUCCAUUUAAUGCGACCAAGUCGUACAGGAAAACCCCUCCAGAUAGCAGAACACCGACAGUUGUUUGGUAUCGCAGAGCACUACGAUAAGACGGCACAUAAAGUGCUUGGUAGAGAAGAUCCCAUCAUAGCUAAGUCAAGAAAAGGUGAUUUCUAUCGAUUUAUGAGGAAUGCUGGUGGCGGGGGAGGCCAUCAACUGAAAGUUAAAAACUUCAGAAUCAAGGCUACACUUUGCGAAGUCAAGAGUUGAAAUGAUCGAGUUUCACUAAAUAAACU